AUGGAUGAUAAGUUUGUUGAUGCUCAGAAAGACCACCAGGGGCAAGAUGAUUCGUUGCGUAGAUUGAGCGAGGAGCGGGAAUUAUCAGGAGAAGGUACUUUAAGUUCUUCUGGCUCAAAAUUGAAAAGGUUGGUCACAUGGUCAAAUCCACAGCAUGCACUAAUUUCAAAUGUUAAGCGUUUGCAAAUUAGUAAAUGUUGCAUAAAAGGUUCCUUGUCUCAAAGUGGUAUUGGCUUGGACAGUAGUAUUCCAAAGCACAUACUGAGCUUAGAUGAAAAAUUUCGUCAAAAAUGCAUGGAAUUGAUUCAUAUUAGUGCAUCCAAAGUAGCUCGUUGUAAUACAGCUGUGAAAUUGAGCUCUUCAAAGAUCAGUGCUUUGCCCGAGCGCUUGAAUGUGGCUGAAAGUAGAAGUGGAGAUACGUGUAGUUCUGCUAGAUUCGUGAUUGAAUGUCCAUUGGCAGCUGGAGGUGGGAGUGUAGUAAUAAGCCCUGCUGGACGGUGGAUUGUGGGUAGAGUUAUGAGGAGCAAGAGUAUUACGAAUACAUUAAAGAGCCCUUUGUUUCACCAAUUUUGGCCUUUGGGUGGCAAUACAGACUUGCGAAGAAUAGACUGCAAUAAUGACAGAGGCUCGAUAUGCUAUGAUUUCACAGACUCACCUGGCGGAUUUAGUUUCUCUUCUUCACCGAUGCUAGAAAAGGAAACACCAAUUCAGGGAAGCCAUAAAAGUGAAUCUAAUGCUGGCCACAAAAGACUUAUUUCUAUCUGCAGCACAAACUCAGCAUUGUCUGAUCAAUCUUCUGCUUCCACCCUUGCCACUGUUUCUCGGGGAAUGCUUCAAUGCACGUGGAAGGGAGGGAAUCCUCAUUUUGUUUUCUCCACAGAUGAACAAAGGGAGGUCUAUGUAGCCAACAUGUGGAAGGUCGAGUCUGAAGAGGAUAAGACUCUGGACUAUAUAUAUUUGUUUCAUUCAGGAAAGGGUGGGCAAAAGGACCAUGAGAUUCGUGAUAGUGAGUCACACCUUGUCGGUAAGAUGAAGGUCAAUAAUUUGGUCUCCCUCUGCCCAAGCAAUUCAAAGAUCAUGGAGACUGAAUUUAAUUUGUUUGGUGGUGGUAUUGAGAUGCACACUUCUAGCCAUAACCUCAGGAAGAGCAAGGGGUUAUCAAAAAAAGUGGUCGAAGCAUUCAGGACAACUCACUCAUCCAAACAAAGAACCAUCUCCAAAUUGAGUGGACCAUGUUUCAUAGUUGAAAAUCCUUCUCGGGAGCCAUGCCUUGAUACAGGCAACAAUCAAGAUGCCCUACGUGUGCCCAAUUUGGUAGAAGAUCAUCUCCCUCCAAAUUUCGAAUUGGCUUCCAUUGUUGUGAAAGACCAUCUCCCUGAUGAUCGAAAGGAGGAAGCUGGAGUACGGAUGUUCUAA